UUGCAGUGAAAAUAUAUGGAAAAUAUUGUGAUUUGGUUUCAGAUACAUGAAGAGGCUAGGAAGUUUGCAUAUCAAACAGGGGUUAAGGUGGUUGUUGCUUAUGGCGGAGCUCCAAUAAACCAUCAGCUACGAGAUCUUGAGAAGGGGGUGGACAUUCUCGUCGCAACUCCUGGAAGACUGGUAGAUUUGCUGAAGAGAGCUAGAGUUUCACUUCAGAUGAUCAGAUAUCUUGCACUAGAUGAGGCAGAUAGGAUGCUGGAUAUGGGUUUUGAGCCACAAAUAAGGAAGAUUGUUGAACAAAUGGAUAUGCCCCCUCCAGGUGUAAGACAGACUAUGCUAUUCAGUGCCACAUUUCCUAAAGAGAUACAGGUUUAGUUCAUUCUUUAAAUUUCUGGAAGACCUUUUAUCUAUGUUAGCAAGAUAUGCUUUUAGUGUAUUGUAGGACUUGGGGGCGUUGCUUAUCUGAGAAACAUAUAUUUUCUCUCUCUCUCUCUCUCUC